CAAAACAGUGAAAUCCCCAUUUUAAGUUGUGAUUCGAUUCCAAUUCUCUGCGGAAAAUGUCUCUGAACACGGCGCAUGCAAAUAACGGGGUGUUGAUCCAUGCAGGAGAAGGCAUUCUCAUCUUCUGCGAUAAUGUAACAAUGGAGUUUUCCGGCCAGGACGACCCCGCCUUCAAAGGCACCAAGCAAGGCCGCGUUUAUCUCACAACGCAUCGCAUGAUUUUCAACAACAAGAAGGCUAGCGAUCCGAUGCUAUCAUUUAGUUUUCCCUUCGUCACACUAAAUGAUGUCCAACUCGAGCAACCAGUCUUCGGAGCGAACUACAUCAAAGGCAAGGUGCGAGCGCAAGAAAAUGGUAAUUGGACUGGAGAAUCCAAAUUUAAGCUGGUCUUCAAACACGGUGGAGCUAUCGACUACGGACAAGCUAUGUUGAGAGCAGCUGCAAUGGCUCAGCGUAACGCAGGUACUGCUCCUCCUCCACCUUAUUCACCACCAGGUGGUGGAUGGUAUGCUGCACCUCCACCGGCCUAUACACCAAAUCCAAACAACUAUGGUUGGGUCCCAUCUACAACCGUGUUUCCUGAUCAACCCGCACCGAAUUCGAUCUACAUGCACGAUAGUCCGCCUCCGUACCCCGGAAUUAUAACUGGACCGCCGCAAGGUUAUCCACAACAAGGCUAUCCACAACAAGGUUAUCCACAACAAGGCUAUCCGCAGCAAGCAUACCCUCCCCAAAAUGGUUCUCCAUAUCCACCUCAGCAGCCGGGUUACCCGAUGCAAAAUGGUACCCCAGGAUACGGGUUCACAGGAGGGCCAGGAUUCUCUGGUGCACCAGCUGGAGCUAUGGGUUUUACCCAACCACCUCCAGCAAAUUCGAAAGAGGCUGAAGCCGCUCAAAGCGCUUACUACGACCCGAAUCAACCACAAACAGCUUACGUUCCGCCUCCAGCCUAUUACGAACCGCCUCCAAGCUACAGUUCUCUAAAUAAAAAAGAUCAGUAAUAGUGGGAAAUAUUUUUGCAGUAUCUGAAAUGUUAUAGCCGUACUUUGCAAGUUUGCUUUUUAUUAAAUCACCAGUGUAAGCUAUCACGUACCAAGAGGUUGCAAAAUCCUCUUUUAAUAUAUCUUUAUCCUUUUACCUAGUAGAGUGUGUGUAAUAUAUACUCUAAAACUAAUUGGAUUGGAAAACAGAACGCUAAAUCCCGAAUGGAAGACAAUAGGUUUGUUGAUCCGUUGAAAAGAAGAGAAUUUAUUCAC